GAUUUUCUCCGAAAAAACAUCCAGAUGAACGACAAUGUGCUGCUUCUGUGUCACGAACAUAAGAUAAAGAAAGCUGUGUCCUGCCUGUCGACCUGUGUAUUUCCAGACAAAACUAGCUAUCCCAUUGAUGAAACUAUGAUUCACAACGGCCCACCUCACGUUUCCAACUACGGUUACAGUCACGCCAAACGACUAAUCGACAUUACCAAUCGAGCUUAUUUCGACAAAUUCGGUCACAUAUUCACCUCGGUCAUUCCGUGCAAUGUAUUUGGACCGAACGAUAACUUUGCUCCGGGAGUUGGUCACGUUAUUCCAGAAAUGAUUCACCGAUUGCAUGAAAUCAUGUGUAUUAAGGAUACAGACAAACCCCAAGAAGAAAAGGUAUUCAACGUGUUCGGUUCCGGUAAACCACUUCGACAGUUCAUCUAUUCUCUGGAUCUGGCCAAGCUUUUUAUCUGGGUACUGAGAAACUACGAUAGCGUUGAUCCCAUCAUCCUGUCCGUGGACGAAGCGACGGAAGUGACGAUAGCGCACGUGGCUCAUUCGUUGGCGAAGGCUUUCGAUUUCAAGGGUCGGGUGGAAUUUGACACCAGCAAAGCCGAUGGCCAGUACAAGAAGACGGCAUCGAAUGCCAAGUUGAGGAAGCUGUUGCCCGAUUAUCAGUUUACCGAUUUUGAUGUGGCCAUCAAGGCCACGGUUCAAUGGUACCUGGAAAACUAUGAUACGGCACGGAAGUGAUGAAUAGUUUCUGGGAAGUUAUGUUUUUAUGAUUUUUUUUGUUUAAAAUAAAAAUACUGUUUAUAUA